AUGGUCGAAGCUGUCACUGUCAACGACACCUACACCCGUGACCCAACAUCGACAUCGAAAUCAACAUCAACAGACUCCCAUCCAAAUCCGACAGAAAAGCAAAUGGCCAUGGCUCUCACCCAGCCAGCCGAGGCUGCCACCAAGCCGGACCAGAAGCAGGACCGGGACCGGGAACAGGAAGUAGGAUGCGCCGUCUACCUGGACCCGGCCAAGGAGGCGAAAAUGAUGAGGAAAUUCGAUAUAUUCGCCGUCGGCGCCAUGGGCCUGUUCUAUAUGAUGGCCAACCUCGACCGCAGCAAUCUGGGCAAUGCCAACAUCUCCGGCAUGCCCAAAGACAUUGGUCUGGUGGGCAAUCAAUUUGGCACCGCGACCACGCUGCUGUACGCCACGUACGUCCCGUUUGAAGGCCCCGUGGCCGUGCUGCUCAAGAUCAUCGGGCCGAAACAAUUGAUGUCAGUGUCGGCUUUUUGUUGGGGAUGCACCACCCUGGGCAUGGCAUUCAUCCAAAAUUACAAAGGCUUGUAUGCCUGUCGCCUGCUGAUCGGUCUGUUCGAGGCCGGCCUCAUCCCGUGUAUCAACGUCUACCUCGGCUGGGUGUACAAAAAGUCGGAGCGAGGCAAGCGGUCCUCCGUCAUCUUCGCCUUCAGCGCCUUCUCCAGCGCGUUUGGCGGCAUCCUGGCCUUUGGUCUGACCCAGAUCCACGGCCCCAAUGGAUUCGAAGGCUGGAGAUGGCUGUUCUGCAUAGAAGGCGCCAUGACCUUGCUGCUGGUGCCUGUCUUCUUCUUCCUCUUCCCCACCACCCCCACCACCGCCUGGUUCUUGACCGCGGAAGAAAAGGCCAUGAUGAACGCCCGCUACGAGGCCGACAAGAGCUGGGGCCACGACGAAGCUUUCUCCUGGCAGGAAUGCUUCAAGGCCUUUGUCGACCCCAAGUGGUACGCCUUCUGGGUCUAUCAGUUCUCCGUCGACAUUUCGCUGUACGGCCUGACCACCUUCUUGCCCGCCAUCGUCAAAGGCCUGGGCUAUACGUCUAUCCACGCCAAUCUGAUGACCGUGCCCAUCUACAUGUGUGCCUUGGUCUUUUUCUUGGUGCUCGCCUACUUCUCCGACCGGGUGGGGGUUCGAUGGCCGUUCCUGGCCGGGCCGCUGCUCUGUCUGAUUGUCGGCUACGCCAUUUUGAUCAGCGUCGAGAACCUCAAAGUCAGGUUUUUUGCAUGUUUCAUUGCCGCCCUGGGUAUCUACCCGACCACCGGCCUGUCGAUCAUGUGGCUACAAGACAACGUGGCCAGGCACUACAAGCGAGCCACCAUGGUCGGCUUCACUCUCACCUUGGCCAACACGGCCGGCGUCGCGGUGGGACAGAUCUUCACGACACAGUCAGGCCCGCGAUACAUCAGGGGUCUGUCCAUCAGUCUCGGGCUGGCCGUCCUGGCCCUGGUGGUCGUUCUUGUCCUCGCAGCCUCCAUGACCGUGGUCAAUCGAAAACGCGCGGCAAAACUCCUGGCAGCCGAGCAGGCCGGAGACCCUAUCGAACCGAAUCCUGAGCUGGGUGACUACGAUCCCCAUUUCAAGUAUUCUAUCUAG